AUGGCAUCCACCCUGGAGAAAUUCAUUCAUUCUCUGGACCCAAGAACCCUUCCCAGAGUUCUCCAAAUCCAGUCAGGCAUCUAUACCCAAGGCUCCAUCUAUGAAAUGGCUGGAAAUGAAUGCUGCCUGUCAACAGGAGAAGUCAUUAAAGUUAUUGGCUUCAAAAUUAAUAAGCUCAUAGCAAGUAUCUGUGAGAAUAAUGAAGUCAGCCGGUUUUCAGCCAAAGUGGAAUUACCACUAAAUUUUCCAGGUCUUUUUAAGAUUGUGGCAGAUAAAACUCCAUAUGUUAGCAUUGAAGAAAUUACAACAAAAGUCUCUAUUGGGCCAAAAAGAUUUGUCCAUCCAUGUUUCUACAGCCCUGAAGAUAUAAAACUGGCAAACUUCACUAUCAAACAUGGAGAGCAAAUCACCUUCAACUCAGUGGAAGAGGUCAACGGAGUGAUGGUUGUGAACUGUGGAGUAGUCAGAAAUAAUCAGUCUCAUUCCUUUACUUUGCCCCUUUCACAUGAAGGAAAAUUCUAUGAAUGUGAGGAUGAUCAGAUAUACACCCUAAAAGAGAUUGCAGAAUGGAAAAUCCCUAAAUGCAGAAGCCGGAUUGUCAAACUUUCCAACACUUUUCACUCAUGGGACUCCUCUAAUCCGCUGCCUGAGAAUUUUGAUGGGUGCUUGAUUCUCACACCUGUCUAUGAAGUGCAGGCAGUAAUGAAAUUUCGAAAGGAAAUAGUUCAUAUCCUCUCAGACCUAGAUGUUGAGGUCAAGGAUAUAACAGAAUAUUAUGAUACCAGCUCUUUCCUUCAGCCACUGUCUUUGGAAGAUGUAUUUGAGAGAACAAGCAAGGAGUUUCCUAUGGCUGCUGAGAUAGUGGAAGGGCCUUCAGGAAGCCACAAAACUUGUAGCCUCAUGUGUACAGGAAAAGAGAUUAUAAUCUACAAGAAGUACCAGGCAACAAGAGUCCUAGCCUCUGAGAUCAGAAGUGAUUCUCCCAAAAGACAUUUUUUAAUCCCUAUGAGCUACAAAGGGAAGUUCAAGAGAAGGCCUCGGAAGUUUCCAACUGCCUAUGACUUGGAGGUAGCAAGAAGUGGAAAGGAACAGCUUCAUAUUGUUGCAACUAAAGCCUUUGACUCCCCUCAUAUAGAGCUUUUUUCUGUUUCUGUUGGAGAUCAAUUUCUAGUUCAGCAAUGCCAGACUAGAGAAGUUUUCUAUGAGGAAAGAAAGACACUCAUAGACGUUUUAGCUUGUGAACAAAUACUGAGUGAUACGUAUAAAAAAGUGCUCCUCCCGAUGUACUUGGAAGGUGGCUUUGUGGAAGUGAUUCAUGACAAGAAACAAUACCAGCUCUCUGAGAUCUGCAAAGAAUUUUGUUUGCCUUUUAAUGUCAAAGUGUCUGUGAGGGACCUUUCUGUUGAGGAAGACGUCUUGGCUGCUGUGCCUGGUCUGCAGUUUGAAGAAGAAAUCACAGACUCUUAUUUGCUGGUCAGUACAGCCAACAGUCCAGUGGACCUCUGGGAGAUUCCUGUAUAUCGUGUAAGCAUGUCAGUCCAUUUGCUCAGUAAAGAUGUCCAGGCAGCUAUACCACCUGAGACUAAAGCAACAGUGGAAGAGAUCAGUGAAGAGCAAUACUAUAUGGUGCGAAGAUAUGAAAACCAAACCCUUCAUCCACCACCCAGGCCUCCCAAAACGCCAACAACACUUGUACCAAAACCUAAGUUUGCAGUACCCAAGCAAGAUGUUGCUGGUGUGCUACAGGCUCCCAAGAAUUUCUGUGUAGACACCACCAAGAAAUUGUACUCAAAUCUGGCUGCUGAUGUUUUGGAAUUACAAAUUAGUUGUCAAAACGAUCUGGUGCAUCGUGAGAAUAAGGACGUGACUGGGAAAGCUGCAUUAGUGGAAACCAGUGUGAUUAAAGGGAAUGCACUUAGGAAGUGUGAGACAGAAAAGGAAGAGGAAGAAGAGCAUGACUAUGACUAUGUGGAUGAAAACAUAAUUGAAAACAUAAGAAAGGCAUUUCAAGACACCACUGCUAGAAAUAAGUAUGCAGUCCUUGAAGGAAGAAGGUGA